AGUAUUUUAUAAAAAGAAAAAAAAAUGUGGCAGGGGGCGUACUAAUUUAUUUUUCGAGUUGCCUGUUUAGAACUAGGAAUGUUAGAUUUAAUUUGCCAACAACCGCGUCGGGUGACAUUAGAGAGAGCCGACCUACUAUUUUUUACGUAUCUGUUGGACUAGUGACCAACAUGGGACAUUGGAGCCAUUGGGCUAGCUACGUCUCGUGUCUAUGUGUUCUUACAGCAGAUUUGUUUGUGCUUCAAGGCCAGUCGUCGGUGAUCAGACAUAGGAGAGAUGGUAGCAAGAGCUUGCAGUUGAUGCUGUCUGACGUACACAACGACAUCUACACCAACAGCAACAAGGAGGAUGGGGAUGGGAACCGCAACAACUUGUUUGACAAAGUUUCACUUCCGGAUCCUGCACCGGCACCUGACCCAGCACCCGCUCCUGACCCGGUGAAAGUACCUGAGCCCGACCCGGUGCAGGCUCCCGAUCCUCCGAAAGUAGACAAGCCUCAAGUAGACACCCCUCAAGCUGAUCCUCCACAGAAGGAAACCCCACAGGUGGACACUCCACAAGUGGACACUCCACAAGUGGACAUACCACAUGUGGACGCCGGCCAAAGCGGCACCAAGAGAGAAGAGGACGGGGAUGGUCAUGGCAACAACGGCGGGAUAGACAGCCCAUCGGCCUCUAAGCCAGAACAAGCGGAACAGCAGAAGCCGCAAGAACAACAGCAGCAACAGCAGCAACAGGAAGAACAGCAGCAGCAACAGCAGCAGCAGGAGGAGCAACAGGCACAGCCUGAGCCAGGUCCGGCCACAGAGCCCCCACCUCCUCCUCCGGACACUCCCGAACCUAUCCCGGCAGACGAGAUCGUCGCCGACCAACAGUCUCAAAAAGCCGACCAGGCAACGGACAAAGAUUCCUCUGAAGAAGUACCUAUAGAGAAUCUGGUCGAUCCUAUAUUUGUACCAUCACCCGACGGGUCGCCUGGUACCGCUGUAGGGGGCGCUCCAGAUCCUUUUGACCUCACCCCUUUCGGAACUGACGGCCCCCCAGUGCCUGCUUACAACGACCCAUUCGAUCCUUUCAUUCAACCCAACCAUCCUCCUCCUCCUCCUCCAGUUCUUCACAUUCCCAUCGACCUCCCUCCGCCUCCACCACCGUCCAACUUUGUCUACCAGCCCCCUCCGCCGCCUCCAAUUGUGUUCGCCCCAGCCGGCCCCGCCCCACGUCAAGAUUUCGUCUUCAUUCCUCCUCCUCCUCCCAAAGGCGAAAACCCCCCUCCCCCUGUCCCAGAGACGCCGGCCCCACCAAAACCCCAAUCUGCAAAUGACCAGAAAGGACUGGUCGCAGAUGUCGCAGCUGAUGCCUUGGACGCGCAGCAAGAUGCCAUUGCCAACGCUAAAGAUGUUGCGGCUAACGCCGGCUAAACGUGCUGACAGCGUUCUUCAAAGAAAGAAAAACAAUAAAGUUCUAACAAGCUGUGAACUAAUGUCGAUACUUUUUCAAAAAUGUCUUUCUGUAUCUCAUCAUUAUCAUUUGCUGUCAUCUUUCUCUUGAAUUCCUUUUUUUUUUUCCCCUUGUUCCGCUGUACUGAGACAAAGGAACCUAAUGACGAAGCAUUGCUUGAAGUAGACAUUCUUUUCUAUUCCUGAUUCUAUGUUUUUAAAUAGCCCAUUCAAAAAGACGGAUGUCAUAUUCGGCGUGGGAAAUGGAUGGUUGCUAGGCAAUGAAGCAGACGACUUGACUUAGGUCAAGAUCGAGAUCAUUUUAUUUUAUCCCGUUACUCUGCACAUGAACGUCGACAAUCAAAGUCUUUCUGUAAAGCAAUUACAUUCACCACGUCUAUUAAAAAAGAGAGGUUAUCUGUUGAUGGAUGCCAUUCACAUCUCGCUCUUCAUUUCAACAUUAAAAUCUCUUUAUUUGUAUACAAUGAGAUGUAGUUUAGAUACCUUUUUUUUAUCCGUAGCAAAGUUGGCAUGUAGCAUUUUUAGUUUCAUUUUUAUCAUAAUUUAUUUUUUGGUUUUGUGAUCAAAUGUUAUUCAGUUUUUGUCUUCGGCCAUUUCGGAAAUAAACUUCUUUUUUUUAGUUAA